AUGACAUACGAGAUGGAUCAACAUUUACAUCGACUGCAACAACAUCAACAUCAACAACUUCAACGUCAGAAACAACUGAAAUUGAGUCUGAGGGUCCUGUCCUCAGAUGACCAAAAGAAGCUAUCUCAAGACUCUGGGAAACGUAAUGCUGUGCACCUCUCAAACUUACUCCAUCCUGAGUUUGGUGGAGACUCCAACACCAGAAAUGCUUUAUUUAAUAACACCAAUUCAAUUGCUACACCACAGAGUGUACAUCCACAACUGCAACAACUGCAACAACAACUGCAACAACAACUGCAACAACAACUGCAACAACAACUGCAACAACAACUGCAACAAACACAUAUACAACAAGCGCAACAACUGCCUCUGCAGCAACAACUGGCGUUAUCACCAUUUAAUGUUGAACAGAAUAUGAGUUUCGCAAGAGGAGAAUUCACAUCAGGACGUUCGUUUUUGUCCAAGGGAUUCUCUGAAGCUAGUAACGCUGCCCCCGGUGACCAAGGACAAGCUCAGCCAAUUGAAAAAUCAGCUUCGAAUGUCACCGAUGAAGAUGAACGGUUCCUUCGAUUGGCUCGUGAAGCACUUGUAGCUACAGCGCUGACAGGCAGAGUAAUCGUGGAUCCUACAAUCCAAGAUUUACUUCAACGACUACAGUAUGCGAGUUCCCCGCAUGGGAAUCCCAUAAAGCAUUCUAGUGACAUUAGGGCUAACGAAUAUGGUCAAUUAAUGAUACAGGGUUUUUAUCAAUCAUUCCCCAAUUUAUCGAAUGAUGUUUUCACAGGGAGUCCGUCGGCUUCACCAAACUCCCACUUUCAACUGCUGCUGCAAGACAGGCAAUUUUACGAGAAGGAUUCACAUCAAAAUCUAGAAGAUACCAAUACUUCAUCAAACCAUCCUUCUAAUAUGCAUAAUGAUGGUUGGAACUUCUUGCUUGAUGGAUCCGAGCUGGUUGACAGGAAUAGUUCGAUUCACUCCCAAAGUCAGCAGCCGAAUCAAUCGCUAGAACGACGUGUCCACCAACUGAAAACCCAGCGACAUCCUUAUGAAGAUGACGGUGGGAUGGAACAGUACACAGGAGAUGAAGAGGAUGCAGACGAGGAUUCUGAGGGAUCAGCAUCAAUAGGAGGGAGUGGUAGUCCUAGCCGUACAUUUAUAUGUCAAGAUUGUCAAAUGUCAUUCAAGCGAAGUAGUGAUUUAAAGAGACAUGAGAAACAGCAUUUAACCAUUCCUCCAAAUAUAUGUGAGCUUUGCGGUAAAGGGUUUGCUAGAAAAGAUGCAUUGAAGCGACACUUGGGAACAUUGACGUGUAGACGGAAUGCUGACAAGAAAGCAUAUGUCGAGAACUUGAAGUACGUUCAGAAGUAG